CCGUCAGCGGACUCCUUUCUCUGCACACGUCUUUCUCUGAAAUGUGUGUGUGCGUGAAAGAGAGAGGAGGAAUUAAGUGUGUGUGUGCGCGCGAGAGUGCAUGUCUGGAGCAAGUAAAGGCAGGGGGAUUAUUCGGCGCUAUCGAAAUAUUUCAACACGUCGCCCUCGCUGCAGGACUGAAGCCAAUAAGAAGGAACGCAUUUUAACAGGAAUGCCGAUCUUGUAAACAGCAGCAGAAGAGAAAGAAUGCACUGCAGUCAAUUAAGUGACUCACCCAAGUUGGUUUAAUUGGACUAAUGUCCGCGAGCCAGCGAGGCACAGAAAGGUGUCCGAUGCGCGUCAACCUCUGAAGAAAAUCGGUCUCGCAGCACCUUUUCAGAAUUAUGGAGAACACUUUUACAUUUCUCUCUCCAGACUUUUGAUCACAACGCAGCAAAAGACUUUCGAGAUUCCCCGACAAUUCCUGACAAAAAAAUAAGUGGCUCUUUAUUUCUGCGAAGCUGAAGUAGGAGUUUAACGAGGCUUUCCAACUUCAGAUUCCUUUUUUCCUCUUUUUUAUUUUGUCCUCAUUGAACGCAGGCUUCACUGUUGGUAAAAAAAAAAAAAAAACAGGAAGAAGAAAGAAAAUAGUUUCACAUCGAACCAGUCGUCUCCAGCCAGCACUUGGAUGAACUUCCUGAUGAGAGAUCCAGUCAUACAGGGAGCAAGUAUGGCAUAUCAUCCGUUUUUAUCUCACCGGGGUCCGGAAUUUGCCAUGAGUGCAAUGCUGGGUCACCAGCCUCCUUUCUUCCCGGCUCUGGCUCUCCCUCACGGCGGCUCCCUCUCUCUGCCGGGCGCCCUGGGAAAGCCGAUCAUGGACCAGCUGAUGGGAGCCGCGGAGAGCGGGCUCCACUUCUCUUCGCUCGGGCACCAGGCUGCGGCCGCCCACCUCAGGCCUAUGAAGACUCUGGAGCCUGAGGAAGACGUGGAAGACGACCCUAAAGUGCACCUGGAAGCCAAGGAGCUUUGGGAACUCUUCCACAAGAGAGGCACCGAGAUGGUGAUCACCAAAUCCGGAAGGCGGAUGUUCCCCCCGUUCAAAGUGAGGUGCACUGGUCUGGACAAAAAGGCCAAAUAUAUUCUCUUGAUGGAUAUUGUUGCAGCUGACGACUGUAGAUACAAAUUUCAUAACUCCCGUUGGAUGGUGGCAGGGAAGGCCGACCCCGAAAUGCCAAAGAGGAUGUAUAUUCACCCAGACAGUCCGGCUACUGGUGAACAGUGGAUGUCAAAAGUCGUCAAUUUUCACAAACUCAAGUUGACAAAUAACAUCUCCGACAAGCACGGAUUUGUAAGUUCAACGAAUACCAUACUUAACUCGAUGCACAAAUAUCAGCCUCGAUUUCACAUUGUGAGGGCCAACGAUAUUCUCAAACUCCCGUACAGUACCUUCAGGACUUACGUUUUUCCCGAAACGGAUUUCAUUGCUGUGACUGCUUAUCAAAAUGACAAGAUAACCCAGUUGAAAAUUGACCAUAAUCCAUUUGCUAAAGGAUUCCGUGACACGGGUAAUGGAAGACGGGAAAAGAGGAAACAGCUGGCUCUCCAAUCCAUGCGCUCAUACGAGGAGCAGCAGAAGAAGGAGAACGGGGCUUCAGACGACUCCUCCGGAGAGCAGGCUUCCUUUAAGUGCUUCGGCCAGGCCUCGUCCCCUGCCGUGUCUACCGCGGGGCCCCCGCACAUGAAAGAUUUCUGCGACAGCGACGAGGACAGCGACGAUGAGAGCAAAGAUGGACACGUCAAAGAUGGCCCGGACUCCAGCAAGAUUUCCACGACUACCAAGGACGGGAAGGAGCACGAGGCGAGCCCAGCGAAGAAGCAUCCCUUCAGCAUCACCGACUCGACCAGCAGGACUCGCGACAGCGGUCCGAGGACUGAGAAAAGCCAGGCGGACUCGCGGCACAGCCCCGUCACCGUCAUCUCCAGCACCACCCGCUCCGGAGAAGACCUCCGGAGCCCGAGUCUGGAUCCACCCAAAACGGACGAGUGCAGCAGGUCCAUCAGCAAAGACAGUUUCAUGCCUUUGACUGUUCAGACUGACAGCCCGCACAUAGGCCACGGACACAUGCCUAAUUUUGGAUUUCCAACGGGCCUAACCGGACAACAGUUUUUCAACCACAUUGGGAAUGCGCAUCCGUUUCUCUUGCACCCCAGUCAGUUCAACAUGGGCGGUGCGUUCUCAAACAUGGCGGGCAUGGGGCCACUAUUGGCAGCCGUGUCCGCUGGAGGGGUGAGCACGAUGGACACGACUAGCAUGGCAUCACCCUCGCAAGGUUUGACGGGAGUGCCAGGCCUGCCCUUUCAUCUGCAGCAGCAUGUCUUGGCAUCACAGGGCCUCGCCAUGUCUCCGUUCGGCAGUUUGUUCCCCUACCCGUACACGUACAUGGCGGCUGCAGCGGCAGCCUCCUCCGCGGCCUCCUCCGCGGUGCACCGGCACCCUUUCCUGAACGCAGUGCGGCCCCGACUCAGGUACAACCCGUACUCCCUCCCCAUGACGGUACCGGACAGCACCCUGCUCACCACCGCGAUGCCCCCCAUGGCCGGCGAGCUGAAGGGAGACGGCGGUGUCCCGGCCAGCCCCGUUUCUGGUGUCACCCUAGAUUCCACAUCGGAAGUGACCAGCCGCUCGUCCACCAUGUCCUCCGGCUCGGUUCCCAUGUCCCCAAAAACUUGCACGGAGAAAGACGCCGCCAGCGAGCUGCAGAGCAUCCAGCGGCUGGUCAGCGGGCUCGACUCCAGUCAGGACAGGUCACGGAGCGGGUCCCCCUAGGUCUUUUUUCUUUUAUCUCUUCUUUUUUUUUAUUAAACACACCACCUGCUUCUCGUCUCAUUGGUGUCAUGUAAAGUGAAACGCGUUGACGGCGAAGAAGACAACCUUCGUAGAUUCGUGCAGGUUUUAAAAACAAAAACAAAAACUUAAAAAAAACACGAACAGUUGGACGUUUUAGUUUCUGAAAUGCACUUUGGUUAAUACGCAUCUGAUAUGUAUAUUUCUUUUCUUCUUUUCUUUGUUUUUUUUGUUUGUUAAAUUAAAUAACACUUGUAUCCUGUCAUUUGAAUACCGUACAAGUAUUGAAACUGAAAAGUUGGCAUGGGUGUGACUUGCAGAUUUAGGAGAAGUUGCUGCUGUGUCCUGUCUCUUAACUUUAUUGUACACGAGGAGAAAUGUGUUUUGAUAUGCACUCUGAAUUGAUUACUUAUUUGAAUUCACUACCGUUUAACCUACCUUAUAAAGACUGCUGUAUUUUGUUGUACACUAUUAAUUGAUCGAUUGGCCAAAUGUUGCAUGCCUCCUAAAUCCCCAAAUGAAUGUUAUUUUAACACUAAGAAUUGAAAGGAAAGAAUUAUAAAGAUUCUGUUUGGAAUAUAAUUAACACUAUAAUUAACACACUCCCUUUGAUUAAUUUUUUUCUUGAUUGGAUUAUCAAUUUUAAUACAAUAUAUUUUUCUUCAUGCCUUUUUUAAAUCCGUGCUGGCCUAUUGACAUGACUGAUGCCCGGGAUAAACUAUGGCCAAAGCAUGCGGAAUUUAGCCCAAGUGUCAAAGAGGCAAAGGGAAGCAGAAAUUAAAAUAUAAAAAAAAUAAGGGUAGACUUGAUUAAAAAGGUGUACAUAGGGAUAUAUAAAAUAUUUAUGUAAUUAUUUCAUAUUGUUAUUGCGUGUAAAUACAACGGAGUAGUAUGUUUUUAGGGAUCUGUUCUUAAUUUAUUGUCGAUAUACCUGUGUAAAGAUAGUUUGUGGGCUAUUAUCCCUUUGUUGCCAUCUGCAUUUAUACCCCUCUUAAAAUAUGGACUUUACUCCUACCCAAAUAUCCAUUGAGGUAGUUAUUCACACUAAUGUGCCAUUGUAUUUUCAUUUGUUGUCCCCGUGUGUGAAGUGCUACUGUUUCAAAACGGAUGGAAAAAUGACAACGCACUGCACCAAUGGCUUGGGGGAAAAAAAUCUAUUCUUAAAAAAAGAAAAGCGUCGUUGAAGUGUGAUAAAAAUGGACAAUCUUUUUCUGUUAUUAAAAUACUUUGCGAACCUGAUCGUACAAGUCGCCGCAUAAUCGAAAAUAUGAAGGUUUCUUUUGUGUUUCUCAAUGGGUUAUGUUGUAUUAGAGUUAUGUCUAGUUUACAACAUCGACAUCGUGUUCUUGAAAGUUUCAAUAAAAUAUUGAAAUGCCA